GACAGAAAUGAUGAAACUCCAACAAAACUAUGAGGAAACUGAAGGUCCUGACCUUUAACCUCCUCACAGCUCCAUGGCUGAAUGAGGAAACUGAAGGUCCCGCCUUUCCUCAGAACUGGAUCAGAACCGGUUCAGUAGCAUCUGAAUCAGCCAAUCAGCAGAGGAGUUUCUUCCUCUCUGUGUGUCUCUGCUGGUUCCAGUAGAAACGGUGAUCUGGUGUCAGAGGUGAUCCGCUGCUGGGAUCUGAUGAAAGCCUCUCUGUUUGUUCUGAGAGGAAGAUGAUGAUGAUGAUGAUGAUCCUCCUGCUCGUUUCCCAGCAUGCACUGGGAGGAGUGGUGGAGGUCAAUGAGGGGGAGUCUGUCCUGCUGCCCUGCAUCUACUCUGAUAGUCUACCUGUAGACCCGUCACUCAUCUGGACUCGCAGUGACCUCAGUCCGAACUCCGUCCACCUGCAGAGAGAAAACGGCGACGAUCUUCAGAACCAGAACCAGCGUUUCAGGAACCGGACCUCCAUGAAUCCUGACGCUCUGGACACUGGAAACUUCAGCCUGACUCUGAGGAAACCUGAGCAGAUUGAUGGAGGAAACUACACUGCAGCAUCUCUAAUGGAAGAGAAACUGAACCUGAAACAGAUUCACCUGAAGGUCAAAGCUGAUCAGCAGGAGGUCGAGGUCACUGAGGGGUCAGAUUCUGUCGUCCUGCCCUGCACAACAUCAUCCCGCCUUCCUGAGGACACAUCAGUGGAGUGGACCCGCUCAGAACCAGAAUUUAUGAUGGUUCACUCAAGCAGCAACCAGAGAAACCAGGACGGAUUUUACCGCGACCGAACAGAGAUGGACCAAGAUUUCCUGAGGACCGGAGACGUCGGCCUGACCCUGAGGAAUCCCACACACAGAGACGCUGGACGCUACGUCUGCACCGUCUACAGAGACCAGGACGUCCUGAGACACACGCUGGUUCUGAAAUAUGUACAGAAAGAACCCUUUCCAUCCUGGGCCACAGCUCUGCUGGUUCUGCUGGUUCUGGUUCUCAUCGUCUCUGCAGGAUUUUUAUAUCAUUUUAAAGAUUUUUUCCUGCCAGCUCCACAGGUGAAGGUGGAUUCAGGGGUUAAAUCUGUCGUGCUGCCCUGCAGAACCAACAUUUACCUGCCAGGUGGCGCCAGAGUGGAGUGGAGGAACGGAGAGAACAAGACGGUCCAUGUGUAUCCGAGCGGUUCUAAUGAUCCUGAAGAACAGAACCUGACCAGCAGAACCAUGGAUGACGACCCACUGAAGACUAAAGACCUCAGUCUGACUCUGGACCGCCCCUCAGUGGCAGACAGCGGGAUCUACACCUGCAGAGUCAGGAAACGAGUCACCCUGAUGAUGAAACGGGUUCAUCUGCAGGUCAGAGAUAUUGUUGGUCUGUAUCAGCCUGACCUUAAAGCGUCUCUGAAGAUGAAGAUCCAAAGUCUCCCUGAAGGCGUCGCUGAACUUGGAAAUAAAACCGGUCUGAACCAGAUCGACACUGAGCUCUACAUCACAGAGGGGUCAACUAGAGAGGUCAACCAGGAACAUGAGGUCAGACAGAUUGAAACAGCAUCCAGGAAACAAGAAACAAUCAGAAGAGAAGACAUCUUUAAAGUCCCACCUGGAGGAGAUCAACCAAUCAGAACAGUGAUGACCAUGGGCGUGGCUGGCAUUGGGAAAACACUGUUAACACAGAAGUUCACUCUGGACUGGGCUGAAGGCAAAACCAACCAGAACAUUGAUUUUAUAUUUCUAUUCACCUUCAGAGAACUGAAUUUACUGAGAGAGAAAAAGUUCAGCUUAUUAGAACUGAUUCAUGAACGAUUCACUAAAACCAAAGGAAUCAGAAACUUUGAAUCGUUCCAGGUUCUGUUCAUCUUUGAUGGUCUGGAUGAAAGUCGAUUUAAUCUGGAUUUCAAGAACAAUCUGAUCCUGACUGAUGUUACAGAGUCCAGCUCAGUGGAUGUUCUGCUGACAAACCUCAUCAGGAAGGAACUGCUUCCCUCUGCUCUCCUCUGGAUAACCACACGACCUGCAGCAGCCAAUCAGAUCCCUGCUCAGUGUGUUGACAUGGUGACAGAGGUCAGAGGGUUCACUGACCCCCAGAAGGAGGAAUACUUCAGGAAGAGAUUCAGAGAUGAUGAAGAGAAGGCCAGCAGGAUCAUCUCCCACAUCCAGAAAUCCAAUCUCCACAUCAUGUGUCACAUCCCCGUCUUCUGCUGGAUCACUGCUAAAGUUCUGGAGGAUGUGAUGAAGACCAGAGAGAGAGAGAAACUACCCAAGACUCUGACUGAGAUGUACAUAGAGUUCCUGCUGGUUCUACUCAACAUCAAGGAGGAAAAAUAUGAUGGAGGAAAAAAGAGCAAAUCUAUCUGGAGUCCAGAGAACAGGAAGCUGAUUGAGUCUCUAGGAAAACUGGCUUUUGAUCAGCUGCUGAAGGGAAACCUGAUCUUCUAUGACAAAGAUCUCACACAGUGCGGCAUCAACAUCCAAGAUGCUGCGUUGUUCUCAGGAGUUUUCACUGAGAUGUUUAAAAGAGAGAGAGGGACACGCAACGUCUCCGUCUACUCCUUUGUUCAUCUGAGCAUCCAGGAGUUUCUGGCUGCAGUCUACAUGCUCCACUGCUUCACCAGCAGGAAGUCAGAGGAGAUCAAGACGUUCCUGGGAGACGAAUACAGAGAAACAUCUCUAGAUGAGUUCAUGAAGAAAGUCAUGGAGAAAUCCCUCUGGAGUAAAAAUGGCCACCUGGACCUGUUUGUCCGCUUCCUUCAUGGUCUCACUGUGGAGUCCAACCAGAGAGUCUUAGAAGAUCUGCUGGGUCAGACAGAGACCAGUCCAGAAACCAUCCAGAGAAUCAUCACCAACCUGAAGAAGAUGAACACUGAUAGAAUCUCUCCUGCCAGAAGCAUCAACAUCUUCUACUGUCUGGUGGAGAUGAACGACGUCUCAUUUUAUCAGGAGAUCCAACGGCUGCUGGAUUCAGGGCAGCAGCUCUCAGUGACUGACUGUUCAGCUCUGGCCUUCAUGCUGCAGAUGUCAGAGGUUCUGGAUGAGUUGGACCUGGAGAAGUACAACACAUCAGAUGAUGGACGACGGAGACUGGUUCCAGCUGUGAGGAACUGCAGAAAGGCUCGACUUGGUGGCUGUUCGCUCCUAAAGGCUGAAUAUGAAGUUUUGGCCUCGGCUCUGAAGUCCAACCCAGAUCUGACUGAACUGGAAAUAAAUCAGAUCAACAUAGAUGAAGGUGGAGAAUCUGAUAUGAAUCAUCUGGUUGAGAUCCUGGAGAAUUCAGUCAGUAAAGUGAAGAUUCUGGGUUUAUUGAGCUGCAGUUUAUCAGAGACCAGCUGGACGUCUCUGUUCUCAGCUCUGAAGUCCAACCCGACCCGUCUGACAGAACUGGACCUGAGCGGAACCAACCUGGGAGAUUCUGGACUGAAGGAUCUCUGUGGUUUUCUACAGACUGAAGGCUGCAGACUGGAGAGAUUGGUAUUGAGGGAAUGCAGUUUCUCAGAGACCAGCUGGACGUCUCUGUUCUCAGCUCUGAAGUCCAACCCGACCCAUCUGACAGAACUGGACCUGAGCAAAACCAACCUGGAAGGUUCUGGACUGAAGGAUCUCUGUGGUUUUCUACAGACUGAAGGCUGCAGACUGGAGACAUUGGGGUUGGAUGACUGCAGGUUGUCAAAGAUCAGCUGUGAUUAUUUGGUCUCAGCUCUGAAGUCCAACCCGACCCGACUGACAAGACUGGACCUGAGAGGAAACAACCUGAAGGAAUCAGAUGUUCAGCAGCUGAUGGAUCUUGUAGAGACUUUAAAGUAAGUAAAUGUUUGCAGUGAGUCCAGCUGCUGUCAGCAUAUUGAACUAAACCCAGUCAGCAUCAAAGCAAAGAUCCAGUGUUCCCAGUAAAGCUGCAGCUUCUCAGUGGGAGGAGAAUGGUUCAGGCUUCCUGAUUGGACACAGCAAUCAGCCAAUCAGAGGAGCAGCAGCUUGCUGUGUUGUUGCUGUGUCCAUGUCUCCAGGACGUCCAGCUGGACUCCAGCGUCCAACAUGUCUAGAGACAGUGGUCCUCAUUCAUCAAACAGCAGCAGAUCUGAUCUCAGACCUGCUUGUUCUCUCAGUUCAACAGGAAACAACUGAUCAGGUUCAUCUUGGUCACAGCUCUGAGAUCAGUCUGACUGGAAACCAUCUACUGGAUGUGCUGCGUCACUGACUGCUACUGGAAACACUCACUGAUCUGCUCUCCUUCCUUCUUCUCUCUGCAGGUUGUUCUGAUCUCUGUAAAGUAGAGAACGUCUCUGUGUCCUGCUGAUCCUCACAGGUUGAAGCUGCAGCAGUUUGAGUCUAAAGAGACUCUGGAUCAAGAUGAUGACCUUUGACCUCAGAACAUUUUCCAUCUCUAUUUCAAAUAUUUUCCAGACGUCGAUUGUUGAAGAUUUUCAGUUUUAUUUUUCAUCUGAUCUGUUUGAUAAUCUGCAGGAACAAAAGAGAGAAAAAUACUCUGAGUUUGUUAGAAAAGUUGAAUUGAGCAAAAACAUGAAGCAUAAAUUUCAUUAAAAAGCUUUAAAGAGUU